UGUAACGCGCUUACUUUAGAGAAUACGGUACAAUUAAGUAGCGUGUCUCUGCGGUGGUGAUACUUUAUCAAUUAGAUAUUUAAUAGCAGGUCAUAUCGAAAAAGCUGUGCGUUCCAGUGUAAUCACAUCCAGUCGUUUCCUUCCUAUCAAUGAAGAGAUUCAGUAAAAAGGACUGGAAGCCAUGUGAGCUCAAACCAAUUGAAAAGGAAGUUUCGAAGCCUAUUCCGGGUGUACCUAUUCAUUUCAAUUACGGAAUAUUUUUCGAUGACGAUUAUGACUACAUGCAACAUCUGAAAUCCGCCUCCGAUACCAGAGAAGGUUAUACUAUAUCAGUAAUACCCGAGGAUUGCCCAGAAGAUGAUUGUAAUCCACCUGAAUCACCAGAAUUGCGUGAACCAGAAGUUGAUUACGACGAACAUGCUGUAAGCGAUCUUAACAUGGACUCAGAUGCAGAAUCUAUUGACAUGGAAAGUGAAAUAGAAGAUAACUUCGUGGAACUCGCAGGUGGACACGCAGUAAAAGAUUCAGAGACUGAAUCUGAAGAGGGAGAGAAUUCCAAAGCAGCUGAGAAUAAUAAACCUGUCGUAGACGAAAAACCAAUAGAAACAGAUAUGUCAAAACUGUCAAGAGAUAAAGUCUCACUCAUGGAACGUUUCUUGUACGGUACCAACGAACGUUCAGCGAACACUUCAAGUUCUUGUCCUCCUGACAAUUCAUCCGAUGAUGACUAUCCAGAUGAUGCAACUAUUAUGAAUAAAGAGUUUGAAAAGCUUGUAUUGCAAUACAAAACUCGAUCAACCUGUGGGCAGUCUAUGGUUUCUGGAUCAUCAGUAAUGAGUGAAGGUUUAAUGUAUGCCCUUAGUCGUGAUAUUGCUAUCGCUAAACGGAGCUCUAAACAGAAUGAUGAAGAUCUAGAUGAUGAACUAAAAGCUAUAACAAUUAAGAAGAGCUACGAAUUAAUUGGAAACGAACAAGAAGAUACAGAAAGUGACCAUUCUUCUGAGGAGCAAGGAAGUUCUAGAAACACGGUUAUUUCAGAUUUCAAUGGUAAAUCCAGCAGUAGUGCAACUCGUUACAACCAUUUACGUAUGCCAAAGUCGGGCAAAGGCAAGAAAAAGUCAUCCGAGAAAAGUGAUAUUGGUAGUACCAUGGAGAUUGCAGAACCACUAGAUCCAGCUUUAAUAGUAAGAAAUAAAAAUGAAUCUGCAGACGACAGACGCGCUCGUAAGGCUGCUAUCAAGCAAUAUCGUCAGAUACGACGACAAAUUCGUAAAGCUAAUCAAAUGAAUUUCCGUCAGGAGAAAGAAAGACAACAACGAAAUAGUACUCAGACAAUGCCAGUUUAUUAGUUGUGAUUAUUGUGAUAUAACAAAACUUCACAUGCAUCGGAAAAUUUGUUCAAUCAAAUCACUUCUGUAAAUUCUUUUUAUUACUUAUUGAAAAGGUAUAAUCUGCAAAUAAAAACAACUCUAUUAAAUAAGAAGAUUAAAGGCAGCUGUAGGAUAGCCUAAUUUUCUCUGCUUCCUCAACUAGCAUUUUUUGUAGCCACUCCUAC